CCGGAAGUGUUUCAUUAAUGUUGCUCACAAGACGUUAAUAACAAGGAAUCAAAACUGAAAGCCGAGUUAUCCUCAGUAGAACAACCUCGCCUACAUACGUCUGCUGUUGAUGAAUACACAUUUGCAUUGACUAUGGAAGAAGUCACUUUUUCUGGUUGGACUGCUGUUGAGGAGAAGAAGCUCCAUUCAGGGGAGAAGCCCACAAAUGAGAAAGUAUACACAAUGUACCACGGCACGAACCUCAAGAAUGCCCAGGAUAUAAUCACCAAUGGGUUUAAGCGCUCCAGUGAUGGAUUGUUAGGACCCGGGAUCUACGUGAGCCGUAAUAUCGAAAAGGCAAAAUGUUAUCCGCUAACUGCUGACAAAAAGGACAAAAUAGUAUUCAAGUUAAAGGUGCGAGUUGGCAAGGUGAAGAAGAUCGAUACUGAUAACCAUCCUUUACAGAAGUCAUGGCACCAGAAUGGUUAUGAUAGUUGCUGGGUCCCGCCAAAAUGUGGCAUGAACGCUAUUAAGUCUGGUCGUGAAGAAGACUGUGUCUGGGAUCCCACUCGUAUUGUAGUGGUGGAUGUGGCCUGUUGUAUGGACGACAAAACGCGCUGGGAUAUUCGAAAGCAAUUACGGAAGAUCGCUGGGGCCAAAAACCACUGCGCAAAGGAAUGGUGCAGCCUGUGUCAGCAGAACACUGUAGAUGUUGGGUCUCACCCUAUCCUAAGCUGCUGGACCUGCGCCCAACAGAUUUGCCCCUUUCAAAAGAAGCAUGUGUGCCACAAAUAACGUACACCAAACGUGUGUUUUUUCUGUCGCCCCAUUCGUUUUCGAGCCUUUAGUUCUGAUCAUUUGAACUCCUUGUCAUUAUUAUAAAAUACUCAUUGUUUUUAUUUUAUAUGCAUACCCAUUGUUGCCAAAUUCUAUUGGGAAUUUGCCAGUAUGUAGUAAAUAAUGGUGAAAUAAAAUGUACUUUCCUGAUGUUA